AUAUCUAAGAAGAAGGCGUCUAGAAGAAAUGGUCCGAAGAAAAUUAUCCCUGAGUUAGAGGUUGAAGCGACAGAGAAGAAUGUCGUGAACGAAAAGCUUGAAUACUUUCUGAGUGAUUAUCCUGCUUUGCUUGAGAAAGCUUGCAAAAAUGAGAAAGGGCAGAAAGCUCUCAUCAAGCGAUUAUGGUCAGAUCACGAAGAGGUCGUGGAGAAAUGUGAAAUUAACAGUUUACGACAUGCUUUGUGGGAACCGUCGUUUCUCAACUGUGCAGAGGGUAUAAAAUUCUGCGCCUACGCUCUGAGAAAGAUCGGAUUUCGGUCAGCCUUCCUCCUCAUGAAAAAGAUGGUCGUUGCUGGAGCUUCCAAGACAAAACCCAUAUCGCCCAGAGUUUCAAUUACUUCCAGCACUACCUGUAAUCACCUUGGUCAAGUCAUCUACACUGCUUGGCGCAUGGCGGUGAGAGAAGAGAAUGAGGAUAUGAUGAAACAAAUUGAAGAGGACAUGAUCACCGGUACUAUCCACGAUGCUGUUUUGUUGCCUUUUAACCUCUCAGCUAAAUUUAUACAUAUCCUGUCUUCUUUUUCUGUGGAGAACGCCGACAAGGCAAGAAUGGAAGGCAUGCUUGUUAGAUGUUUCGAGUCAGUACUUUGGAUUGGCCUAGAAUCUUGCAAUGACCAAGUGCGCUAUGCUGCGUCCACUAUCCUGCUUGGUUUCUAUCCCUUGAUGGAUGACGACGAUUUUAAACGAGAAGAGUGUCUCUAUAAGCAGAACAAUAUUAUGCUGAAUAUGCUGAAGGACGACUGUACAGCAAUAAGAAUGGUGGCUGCUAAAAAGGUCUUAAAGAUCCUGAGUAUGUACUGGAAUUUCGUCCCACGCGACUUUGUCAAACAGUAUAUGACUAUGAUCGUGGAUACGUUGUCGCGUGAUUCUGUUGUGGGUGUAAGACUGGCUGUGUAUGAGGGAAUGCGAUAUCUCAUAGGUGUACCGGCGUGCCUGAAUGCGGCUGAACAUGCACUGAAAUGUAUAACGCUGAAUGGCAUCAAUGAUAAAAAUGAGCGAGUGAGAGCGGCAGCUUUCGAAAUGCUGAAAAUGCUUAAAGGACAUCGGUAUAUUAGGUUCUUCGACGUCGUUCCAAUGGAAGAAGUUUUAGCACGGCUGCAAGUUGAAACUUCGGAAAGCGUGCGUCGCGAGAUUGUUCCUCUGAUCUUCAAGGUAUUUGAAAUGAGCUGGCAAUUAGACUUCAUUGUAACAUUCAGUCCACAUGAAAACAACCAAGUGUGGAAAAGAAAUCAAGUGUUUCUAGAAUGUGUUGUUGUCAUGUGGAUGAGUAUGAGAAAGGCACUCAUGGAAACAAAGUAUUCUACCGAAAAACAGAAACUCGACAACCUAGAAACUAAAGUGUUCAAGAAAUUAUUCCAAUGUUUUAGAAACACAUCGCUGAUCGGUACUACGAUGUUAAUCGGAAGUAUGCUACCUCCAUCAUCCUUGGAUAGUGUCACUCAAUCUGUGCUGUCAUUGUUGAACGAGAAAGUCGUAGAUGAAAGCGUGAUGGAGCCGUAUUUGGAAGCAACAGCACAGUGGCGGAUAGAAUACAUCUUUGAAAUCAUAAAUUCGGGACUGAAUUUACUACAGACUGAGAUAAGUGGGCCAGCUUGUUCUCCUCCUGGAAAGAAAAGGAAAAUGCCAGAUCUACCUCCCGUAGAUCGUCUGCGGAAAGCACUUCGUUAUUUGCGAUAUUUGCUCAGAAGCUAUACGACAAAUCAAAUGAUAACCUGUAACCACCUUUACCAGCUAGAGAAGUUCUAUAAGCAGCGUGAAGUAAAAUCUGAAAGGCCAUCGUUGGAGACGCAAACUGGUAUACCCAAACUCCAUGACUACCGCACCUACUCUACCUGUUGCAGUGGUGCAGAGAGCGCUUGGCCAGUAUGUGUAUACAGCUCAGUACAUUGA